UUCAAGGUCUUAAAUUUAACUUUUGCUCUAAAAUACUCUCUUUCGAAAGGAGUUCACACAAAAUUCAGGUCCUCAAUCAACAUGAAUAAACUAUAUUUGUAUUCCACCGCCGAUUUACUGCUCAUCCAACCUGGAGCGGUACGCCCAGCGCUCUUCCUAUUCUACACCUUGGAGACGAUUUUAAACAUGAUCUGCAUUGGAUAUCACAUCAUCGGAUUCCAGCCGCUCGAGUGGAGAGGGCAGGAGGUCCACUACCUGUGCCUGCUCACCUUUAACGUCUUCAUGGUGAUUAACUUCUUCCAGAGCAUCGCGAUUUGCACGGGACGCGUGCCCAAUGUCUUGAUGGAGAUAUGGAAAGCCUCGGUGGCAGCCUUCGCCUUCAUCCUGAUAUCCUUUCUCACCAUGUGGGACGUGGAGCAGCAGUUCUCUGUGUUCUUCGUGAGAUCUAGCGAGCAGGUCCAGGGCGAGCACAAAGAACUGCCUCCCGUUCACCCGAUCAUCCGCUACAAGACGGGUCAGUCCAUUUCCUCGCUGUUUUGUGGACUGAUCUACAUGCUCCACGCUGUAAUAAUGUUCGACGUCAGGCUGACCUCAAAGCUUAUUCUCAGUGGAUCACGGCACCUGCCCAUUCCCCUCUUUGUCCUGGGUCGCGCCUUUCAUAGAAAGAUGUAUGCCUACGAAUGGUUCAAGGAGUUUUGCGGGAACAAUACCAUUGAAGUCUAGUAGUCAAGCUUCCUUAACUGACUCCUUUUUUCGGCUAAAAUAUAUGUACAGACAUUCAUCAAAUGUCAAAUACUGUCAGUUUUAUAAAUUAUUUUAUUUUAGUUUUAUAAUGUC